UGGCCAUGAUGUUACGCCUGGUGGUCGGUGCCCUCUUCCCAGCACUUCUCCUGGCUGCCCCACCACCCAUCAACAAGCUUGCCCUCUUCCCGGACAAGAGUGCCUGGUGUGAGGCAAAGAACAUCACCCAGAUCGUGGGGCACAGUGGCUGCGAGUCCAAGUCCAUCCAGAACAGGGCCUGUCUGGGACAGUGUUUCAGCUACAGUGUCCCCAACACCUUCCCUCAGUCCACGGAGUCCCUGGUUCACUGUGACUCCUGCAUGCCAGCCCAGUCCAUGUGGGAAAUCGUGACACUGGACUGUCCAGGCAAUGAGGAGAUCCCCAGGGUGGACAAGCUGGUGGAGAAGAUACUUCUCUGUAGCUGCCAGGCUUGUGGGAAGGAGCCCAGCCAUGAGGGAGCCCUGUUCAACGUCUACCUGAACGCGGAGGAGAACAUGCCCGCUGAAGGCCCCUCCUGCUGCCCCUUCUCUCUGGUGUAUAAAGCUGAUUUCUUUGGCACUGUCCUGACAAGAGCUUCCAGAGCUUGUAAUCAAUGCCUCUUCCCCCUCCUUUUUACAAGGUUUAGUUUUAUGGUUGGUUGGUUGUUGUUUGGUUUGUUUUUUUCUUAAAUAAAUUUAGUUCUGACUUCC